CAAUGGAAUCGCGCUCUGGCUUUGGGGGUGGGAGAGGCACGUGGCUGUCCGCGCGACCUCUGUGACAGUUUGAGGCGUUCAGGCUGCGCUGUUAGAUUUUCUUCGCCGACGUCGCUUUCGUCUGCUGCUGCGAAGCCAUUUCCACAGCUACCCGGUUUUAUUUUAUCUUUGAGAGUUCAUGGGCGGCCACUCGAUCCACUGGUUUCGCAAGGGGCUCCGGCUCCACGAUAAUCCGGCGUUGCUGGAGGCUCUGCUGGGCUCAGAAACCAUCCGCUGCGUCUACAUCGUCGACCCCUGGUUCGCUGGUUCGUCCAGUGUGGGCAUCAACCGGUGGCGAUUCCUGCUCCAGUGUCUUGAAGAUCUUGAUGCCAAUUUGCGGAAAUUAAAUUCUCGCUUAUUUGUUGUACGUGGUCAACCAGCUGAUGUCUUUCCCAGAUUGUUUAAGGAAUGGAAUAUUUCUCGUCUUACCUUUGAAUAUGACUCUGAACCCUUCAGCAAGGAGCGAGAUGCAGCUAUCAAGAAGUUGGCCAUUGAGGCAGGAGUAGAAGUGAUUGUGCAGAUUUCACACACGCUGUAUGAUUUGGACAUGAUUAUAGAGCGCAAUGGUGGACAGCCUCCUCUAACGUACAAGCAUUUCCAGACGCUUAUAAGUCAAAUGGAGUCAAUAGAAAUGCCUGUGGAAACAAUCACAGCUGAGGGCAUGGGAAAAUGUAUAACGCCAGUCCUUGAUGACCAUGAUGACAAAUAUGGAGUUCCAUCUCUCGAAGAACUGGGUUUUGAUACAGAAGGGCUUCCUUCAGCUGUAUGGCCAGGUGGUGAAACAGAGGCCCUUGCAAGAUUAGAAAGACAUUUGGAGAGAAAAGCCUGGGUUGCAAACUUCGAAAGACCACGAAUGAACUCCACUUCACUUCAUGCAAGCCCUACUGGGCUAAGUCCAUACCUGCGAUUUGGUUGUUUGUCAUGUCGCCUCUUUUAUUUUAAGCUAACUGACUUGUAUAAGAAGGUGAAGAAAAACAGCACCCCUCCACUCUCCCUGUAUGGGCAGCUAUUGUGGCGUGAAUUCUUCUAUGCAGCGGCUACUAACAACCCCAGGUUUGAUAAAAUGGAAGGAAAUCCGAUUUGUGUCCAAGUUCCGUGGGACCAGAAUCCUGAGGCUCUGGCUAAGUGGGCAGAAGGGAGGACAGGAUUUCCUUGGAUCGAUGCAAUAAUGACACAGCUGCGUCAAGAAGGAUGGAUCCAUCACUUAGCCCGUCAUGCAGUGGCUUGCUUUUUAACAAGAGGUGAUCUCUGGAUUAGCUGGGAAGAAGGAAUGAAGGUAUUUGAAGAGUUAUUACUGGAUGCUGACUGGAGUGUGAAUGCUGGAAGUUGGAUGUGGCUGUCCUGCAGCUCCUUCUUCCAACAGUUUUUUCAUUGCUACUGUCCUGUGGGUUUCGGACGUAGAACCGACCCCAAUGGAGAUUAUAUCAGGCGGUACCUGCCAGUCCUCAGAGGUUUUCCUGCCAAACAUAUCUAUGAUCCUUGGAAUGCUCCAGAGAGUGUACAGAAAGCUGCAAAAUGCAUCAUUGGUGUUCAUUAUCCAAAACCCAUUGUGAACCACGCUGAAGCCAGUCGCCUGAAUAUUGAACGAAUGAAGCAAAUCUACCAGCAGUUUUCUCGCUACAGAGGCCUGGGUCUUCUUGCUUCUGUGCCUUCUAACCCUAAUACAAGUGCUGAACCUAUGGAAUGUUCACAAGGAGACAGCACACAUGGAUGCAGUAGCAUAGCAGGCAAGAGUUUCUUGGGUAGCAGUCUAAGUUCUGGAAAACAGACCAGUCCUGGUGAAGGAAUACCAGGAGUAGAACCUAAAAUUCAGAGGCAGAGCAGUGACUAGGGCACUUGGAAAAAGGGAAAAAUAAAAGGAUACAAGGAAGAAUUACAAAUGGGAAAGGUUAGAGUACAGAUUGAGCAACCUGGACUUUAUUUAUUUUUAUGGAAAGAAAUGAUGUGAAAUAUGGAAAGGAAGAUUGGAAAAUACAUUUAUAUGUUUGACUCCAUUUUGAUAAAAAUGAUUAUUGCUAGAAAAUUGGAAUGAAAGGUCCUGCUGUAAAUAUUUCAUUUGAAUAUCUGAAGUGAAAACACUAAAUUAUUGAUGGCCUGUUUAGUGACAGACAUCUAUUUUUAUAAUAAUCCAUUCAUAAAUAUUUAAAUAAUUUAGCAUUAAAUUCUGAUUUUUUUUUAAAGUGGAUGCUCAAGUAGAGCAUUUGAUUGUGAACUACCUUCAAACAAGAAAAUGUUUUAGUCCCUUUUUAAGCCUUGGGUCUCAUAGUUGACCUACUCCUUCCUGUGUGGGUCCCCCACGUCCAUGCCCACACCCACUUCAAUCAGGUCUGACUGGCUGGCGUUUUUUUAAAAUUGAAGCUAGCUAGCAUUUGGCUGCUAUCCACAUGAAGGCAUUGAGUCUGCACCAGUCAGUACAAACUUAGACAAGAUUGUAUGAAAGGAUGACAUGCAGACUCUUAAAUGCUGAAAAUAGUUAUAAAAGUUCUAUGCAGGAAAUUUAGGGCUUGAUCUCCAGCUCCUGUUGGGCCUUUGUCAGAAGCUGACCGCUAUUUUCUGGUUUGCCGUCUGGUUUGUGCAAGUGCUGGGAGAUCAUCCAGUCAACUGAAGGCACAUGCCUAAACAGCAAAAUUUUAAGAGUGGGAGCCAAGGCAGUGCAGCAUACAGGCAAGCUUGCAAGCCUCCCUUAAAGCCUGGAUGUAGCUGAAGUGACAGGCUGGCCUGAGAAGGGGUACACUCCUCAAAAAUGGUGACCCCACUGCUGGUCCCCUCUUAUUUCUGAUUUGUAAAAUAUUGUAGAGAGAACUUCCACUUGGCCCUCCAUUUCUGAGUCUGUCCGAUGUCCUUAAACAGAGAAUGGGCUUACCAUCCACUUAUUAUUUAGACACUUCAGAAAAAUCACAGACCUCAGGCUGUGUAGGCUUUUGACCCCUAUUCGAAUCUGACAGCAGUUCACGAAACCCACAAUAUCCUGGUGUUGGUGUUAAGAGAUCAAGUGGAAAAAAUGUAUAAUCAUAAUUGCUUGCAGAAAAAAAUAAGCUAACUGAAUAGCAACAGCACUUUGCAUCUAUAUAGCACGUUUAAUGCAAUUAAACAUUCCACUGUGCUUUAAUGGAGCAUUAUAAAACAAGGUUUGACUUUGAGCAACUAGUCUCACUUCUCUACCCAUCCCUUGACUGGAACAAUUAUGCACAUCCAUGACUAAUUGCCAGACAAGAAGUUUGCCACAUUAGUCACAAUGGACAGACUGAGAGAGGGAGUGAUGAGGUAGCGCUGGGUAUCAUCAGUCUAUAUAUGAAAAUGAAUGCUACAGUGCAGACUGACUCCCUAAUUAUUUGUAGGGUGAACACAGACCCUCGCUGUCUUUUUGUCUUUUAAAUAUUUGUGUUGCAUCUAGUGAAACUGUCAAAACACAAACUGGAAAAUAAUAAAUUGUGGAUACUGGAAAUCUGAAACAAAAACAGAAAUUGCUGGAGAAACUCAGCACUGGCUGCAUCUUGGAAAGUUAACACAUCCAGUGACCCUUCUCGACAGAUGAUACCAGACCUGCUGAGUUCUCUGUUCUCCCGUUUUUGUAACUGGAAAAUGUUUUUUUAAAAUUGAAUAAAAUAUUAUAUUGAAA